GAUCUAGAAGACUCCGGCAGAUGUCGUUCCUUAUUAUGGUCACUGUCGCAACGUUAUAUAUCACCUUUAUUCUGCUAUUUAAUGUUCGCUUGAGCGUCUAUAUCUCAGAAUGGCGCCCUCGAAACAAAUGACCGUCACGCCUCGAUAUUUACUUCCCCGGUUGACUUGGAAUGGUACACCCCGCAUCACCAUCACAGCCAUCCAAGGCGCGCCCCUCUCGACUGUGCGACCCCAGGGCAAUAGAGCGGAAGAACAUCGUUUAAACAGUCAAAAAUAUCAUACAUCGUCACCUGCCGUGCGGAGACCCUCUGUUUCUUCCUCUCCCUUCUCAUCUUUGACGCCCUCUACAUCACCUACGAAAGCUUCUACGAAUUCCGAUAGUUCGCCCAUUCGACAUAAUGGCGUUUAUGUCGCCGCCUUCAAGCCUGCGCGACGCGCAUUUCAUGCAUCGGCCAUUAUGAGCCGUGAUCAUCAUUUUGAUACUUUGAAAUUCGUGCAACGACUCAAAGCGGAGGGUUUCAGCGAAGAUCAGGCCGUUGCUAUGAUGAAAGUGCUUAAUGAUGUGAUUCAAGAGUCAAUUCAGAAUCUGACGAGGACUAUGGUUUUGAAAGAAGACUCCGAGCGAGCAACAUAUACACAAAAAGUAGACUUUGCAAAACUGCGAUCCGAAUUAUUAAACUCCGACUCGACAGAAGCACAAUUAACGCGAUCCUCUCACGAACGGAUAGCAGCAGAUAUAGCCAAACUGAACUCCCGAUUACGAGACGAAAUCAGCCGUACACAAGCCUCUGUGCGAUUAGACUUGAACCUGGAAAAAGGCCGCAUUCGCGAAGAGGCUAAUAGCCAGGAGAUGCGAAUAAAGGAGACGGAGACGAGGAUUGAGCAGGAAGUCGCGGGAUUAAGGGAACGAGUGCAAGCUGUUAAGCAGUCGACGUUGCAAUGGCUGGUCGGUGUUUGCACUGGUACCGCUGCCCUCAUUAUCGGUGCUUGGCGGUUGUUGAUGUGAAAACUAUUCGUUUGGAUAAGAUGCAGACAGAAGAUCAGCACCACUCUUUCUGUUCUUUCUUUUGUACCAUAGUCAUAUCUUGAAGCUAUAGCGCAUAGACUUCAACAUCAAUCCAACUAUUCGGUGUCGUGACAUUUGAGUCAUGUAAACAUUCAUAAUCUACCUGGAUAUUAGAAUUCUAAUGUAAAAUACUUCUUUCAUAAUAUCUUCCCAUGAAAUAUACUAUACACUUUUGAAUCCAUCACUGCACCGUUAAUUCAUCACUUUUUCUGACCUCGCUUGCCACGCUUCCUCGUUGCAGCAUUAGCAGCAGAACUCCUGGUGGAAGUCGACUUGGUCACCUCGGCGUCGAGAGCAUCCCCCUCGUUGACAUCUACAUCAUCCGCGCCUUCAACAGCCUCACUAGACUCCCCCGCAUCCUUUCUGCCGAGCGCUCUGCGAUACAACCAACGCGGAAGACGGAAUACAAACGUAUCCCGCAGCACCGGUUGUGGAAUUUCUUCAACAUCCAGUAAGAACUGCUGUUUCUCUCCGUCUUCAGUCUCCUCUUCCAAGAACACAUUGCCAGCCGAGUCGACAACCAAGAUCUUUCCAUUUUCGGCGUAUACACGCUUCUUAGUGCCAGAAGCACCAGCAACAUUCUCGCUGAUCGGGGUAGCUGUACCAGACCCUGGUGCUGAAUCAGCAUUCUUACUCCCUUUCUUGCUCUCCUUGCGAUUUUCGCGCUCCAUCAUCCGUUUCUGUCGGCGGUUCAAAGCCAUAGCGGCAGGUGAUUCUUCGACUUCAGCUUGAGGCGCGGAAACAGGAGAGGUAGUUGCAGUAGCAUCAAGACCCGGUAUACCACCCAGAGCUCUUUCAUCCCCCCAGGCAGCUUUCCUCGCAUGACGAAUAUAUCUCUCCAUAAAUUCCCGCUGUCGUCUAUAGGAAAGCACAAGAGCAACGUAGUGACCAAUUCCGCCAAAGGCGACGAAAAGGCCUAUAAGCACAGUCCCUAGACCGGGACGGAAGCGAGAGUAAUAAUAUCCCGUACCUUUCCAUGUCGGGAAACCGUGUUUCAUGAAAUGAUCGUAUCGUUCGCGUGAGGGACCUCGAAGGAUAUUUGCAACGGUGUUGAGUCGAGCGGAGCGCUCGGUGGCUUCUUUGACGGCGUUUGCGAUUUGACGUUCCGAUGGACCUUUGGAUACGUGGACACCUGGCUUUGUA